GGGUAUAGGGGACGAAAAAACUGAGGGAAGAUAAAAGUUUUGACAAAAGAAGGAGAGGAAAAAAAAUUCGGUAAAGGAGAGGGAAAAAAUUUGGCAAAGGAGAGGGAAAAUAUUAGGUUAAAAAUUUUAAGUCCACACAAUACACAAUGCAAAGUUGAGCCGCAGAUAAGGAGUAGAUGAGAGUUUCUCUCUCUAGGGCAUGGUUUUUGCUAAAUUUGAGGUCAACGCGAUGUUCGUCACUAUUCAUCUUCGGCCAUG